UCCCGCCGGGGCGUGGCGGAUGCUGUGGGGGCCGCGCUGAGGAGGAGGAGGAGGCGGCGGCGGUGACCGGUUGUGCAGGGCCCGGCCGGCCCACCGUCACCCCGCAGCCAUCGUGAAACUAUGUGGAAAUGGGGUAGUGGAGAUGAUUCUCCUUCCAAAACAGCCGCAGGCUCGCAAGAUGCAAGAAGCAUGUCGGUGACAGAUUUGACUGAACAGCUGACAAGUACUGAACAGCUGGUAACACAGCUAAAGGAGCUUGUCAGAGAGAAGGAUGCUGAGCUUCGGAAUAAAGAUCUUCAGUUAAAGGAGGAGAAGGAAUCUGCUGAUGCCAAACUUUCCAAGUUGAAGCUGCAAAACAAAGCCAAGGUUGCAUCAUUAACCUCACAGUUGGAAGAACUUAAGAAACAGUUAUCAGAAUCAGGAGGCUUGGAGGCAAAAGCAGAACAAAAAAGGGCAUCAAAAGAUGGCGACCAGGAAAAUGCUGCUGCGAAUCGUGGGAAAAUAUUAGUACUGAGAAGGAGAAUAGAAGAACUAGAAUCCCAGAUCACCCAAAAAAAUGAAGAGUUACGCAAAAAGAGUGUUGAACUGGAGGCCCAGCGCUGUCGUGGGGCUGAAAUGGAUGCCAUGCUGGCAGAGAAAGAAAAGAAGUUAGCUGAAAGAGAUGCUUAUAUCAUCGACUUACAGAUAGCGUGUGGAUCAAGUGGUGUUGCCAAUGAAACACUCUUGCCCAAUGAAGAAUUGAAGAAUCAGCUGGCUGUUAAAGAGUCAUCACUAGAAAGCAUGCAGAUUCUAGUUCAAAACCUUACCAAAAAGGUUGGAGACAGCGAAGAAAAGUGCAGCUUGUUCCAGGAACAGAUUGAAAGUCUUAAAAAUACUCAGAACAAAGAAAGAGAGCGUUUCCAAGCAAAAGAAGCUACGUAUAUGGAAAAUAUAUGUGUGUUUCAAAAUAUUAUCCAGGAAAAGGAAAAGGAACUGGAAGCACAGAGAGAAAAGCAUGAGCAAGAGCUCUUUAAAUUAGCUGCUAAAUCUGAUGCAAGUGCUGACCUAGAACAGUUACUAAAGGCCUUGAAACAGAAGCUCCAUGAAAAGGAAGAAGUCAUGCUGGGAAGGACACAGGUGAUAGAUGUCUUGCAAAACGAACUGGAUGCCAAGGACGAGCAAUUGAAAGAGAUUAAUGAAAACUUGAAACGUCUUCUGUCUGAAAAAGAAAACCUCCAGUCUAAACUGGAUGCUGAGAAACAUGUAAUGAGAGCCCAGUUAAGAGACAUGAUGGAGAAACAUGAGCUUGAAAUGACAAAAGUUAAGGAGAAAUAUAAUGCUGAACUGCAUGAAAUUCAAGAGAAACAUGAAACUGAGCUACAAGAGAAAGAUCAGGCCCUGUUCCAGCUUAAGAAACAAGUGGCAGAAUUAAGCCGUAGCGGACAGAUUCAUUCCAAAGAAGUUAGAGAUCUGGAAUCUAUAACCAAAGAGAAGAUGGAAGAUUUAGAAGCACAAGUGAAAUUGAAAACAGAAGAGGCCAGCAAAUCUGAAGCAAAGUUUCUGAAAAUGAAGGCUUGGUCUAAAUCAAGAAUCAAACAACUGGAGGAUGAACUAAAAAACUUUUCAUCAAAGAAUAAUGAUGUAUCUGCCUUAAACAAUCGUGUCUCAGAAUUAGAAAUUGAAAAUGAAGAACUACAGUCGAAGCUGCAAUCGUUACAUGAAAUUAGAACUCAAAAUGAAGAAUUGCUGACUAAGCUGGAAGUCUAUGAAGAGCAGCAGAGGAAGUUGCAAGCUGAUCUUGACCAAGUUACAAAGAGGGCAGCUUCACAGGCCAGUGAAUCAGGGAGCGUGGAUGAAUUGCAGAGUCAGCUCAUGGAAUGGCAAGAAAACGUACCGGAGUCCGAGGAGUCCCGUGAUCAAGUGAGAGAAGAGAAAUCUGCUAUGGCCUUGAGAAUGGCUCAGAUUGAGGAGGAGAGAGAAGCCAUGGUCUCAGGGCAACAGGAGCUGGAGGAGGAACUGGCCACAGCUCAAGGAAUGGGCAGGCUGCAGCAGGCACGAAGAAAAAGCAAUCAGACCAGCAGGAAGCUUCAGGAAGAAUACAACUUCGAUAGAAAACAAUGCUUUCAAGAAUUGAACAUCACCUUGGAUAGCACUGAUUCAGCUGAAGGAGAAAAUAUGGGAGGUUGGUGGCCAGAGUACACUUCACCUAAUGCAGCAGGCUUACGGAGUGUGGUUGAAGAGUUAGAAUUGGAAAGAAAUCAACUGCAGGAACAAAUUCUGUUUCUAGAAGAGCGUUGUCAGGAUUUGGAAGAUAGAAUGCAGCUUCAAGGUAGAAUGGAGGCUCUUCAGAAUGAAAAUGAACGUUUGCAAACUCAGCUCACCCAAUUACGCAACCAACAAAUGCGAGAUGUGGAAAAGCAUCAGAUUCUGAUCUCUGGCUUGAAUGAGCAGCUUAAAGGAUUAAGUGACAGAAAUAGCUUCCUUGAAACUUCACUUGGAGAAAAAGAACAAAAACUGUUGAGCACGACAGAAAAAUUAGAACAAAUUGAAACUUUGAGGAAACAGCUUCAAGAAAAGGAUCUUCUGAACAAAGAGCUUGGUGAAAAGUUUGUGCAUACGGAGCAAAAACUGAAUGAAGCCUUAAAGAAGUGCAGUGUUUAUGAACUGGAGAACGCUGAGCAGAAAACGGUCAUCAGUGAUCUAACAGAAAAAGUUGCUACACUGAAGGAAAAGACUUUGAAACAAGAUGGCGUGGUAGAGUCGAUGCAGCUGGAUCUGGACCAGACAAAUGAAGAGCUCGACAAAUUGAAUACAAGCCAUUUAGAGGAAAGAUCUCAACUUAUUCAAGAUCUCCAGAAACGUGAAAGAGAAAUUGAUAAUCUUAAAGAGGCACUGGCAGAAAAAGACAGGGAGGUGUCUGUCCUGUCUUUGACUAUGACAGAAUAUUCUGAACAGAUUAUCAUCCUGAAGCGUCAAGUGCAAUGCAAAGAGGAAGAAAUACGAGGGAUGGAGGAGGCUUUAUCAAAGGCUGAAAGGGAAACUCAUUUACUGAAAGAAGUACAAACAGCUGAUGUAAGAGAUGCAAGCGUGAAGAUAUCUGUCCUUUCGGAGCAAAGUAAUACAAUGAGACUAGAGCUAGAAAGAGUUAGAGUUGAGAAUGAAGCUAAAACCAAAGAAAAUGAGGAAUUAAUAAGACAAAACACUGAGAACAGCGUUACAAUUAAGGACCUUCGUUCUGAAAUCAAAGCCAACAAUGUCGCAUACCGUAACAAACUGGCGGAAUGUGAGUCACAAAUUACUUUGCUGAAAGAACAAAUUAGUAAAUCAUCUGAAAAGCUACAAGAAACCGAGGAUAAACAAAGAAAAGAAACUGAAUACUUGAAAUCUCAGCUUGAGGAAAACAAUACGCUAAAGGAAAAAUGGAACAAUUUGCUUAAAGAGAAAGAGAGUAAAGCACAGACACUUGAAAAUGAGUUAAAAUCAAUUAAAGAUUCAUACAACAAACUGGUUUUGGAAAAUGCUAAAAAAGAUGAAGAGUUGGCUGAGUUAUCUAGAAAGCUUAUAGAACAUACUGAACAUCAGGAAACAAUUAAAAAAGAAUUACAAGAGAAACAACAGUUCAUUGCUUCAUUAGAGCAGAAGCUUGGGGUUUUGGAGCAGCAAAAUGAAGAGACUAAACUUAAGUUAUCUGGAGAUCUGAAAGCCAAAGAGACAUGUUGCAAAGAACUUAAUAACCAAUUAAAUGAAAUACAUAAACAAAUUAACAAGAUGGAAAUAGAGACACAGGAGAAAGCUUCAGCUAAUAAGCAAUUGCAGGCAGAUCUUCAAGGGAAAGAAGAAAAAUUGGCAGAGCAAAUAAAAGCAAACGAGUAUCUGAAAAGAAGUAUAGAUAUAGUGGAAAAAGAGAAGGAACAGCUGAUCAGGGAAAACGAGAAUUUGUCCAAACUCCUGGAUGUAAAAGAAUGUGAAUUGUUAAAGAAAAUCCAGGCUGUGGCAGAAAUAGAGAAUAAGUUAUCGGUUAGCACUGCUGAGUACGAAAAAACUCUUUCAGUACUAAACUGUGAUAAAAACACCCUGGCAAAAGAGAUUGAACAACUUUCAGUACUUGCCGAGCAAAAAGAAAAUUCAGUGGCAGAACAGCUGCAGGAGAAAACAAAGGAAUGUAACGUGCUGGCUGAUCAGUUGUGUGAAAGUAAGGAACAGACACAACAGUUGCAUGAACAAAUGCAAUCACUUCUCAUUCAGCUGAAGGAUACUAGAGACAAAGAAAUAAAGAAAGAAGAAAUGUUAAAUAAUAAGUUAUCUGAAUGCAGUAGCCUAAUCCAAGAGCUCAGCCAUAGUAAGGAAAAGAAUUUACUACUGCAGGAACAAAUUCAAAGCCUAACUUUGGAUUUUGAAGCUGUGAACAGGUCUCUAGAAGAGACAAACCUUCAAAAUAAUUCAUUACGUAAGGCAACCGAAGAGAGUAAGUUUUGUAUUGUAGAGCUGCAGGAUGAAAUAAAAAAUCUUAAAGAUGAAAAAACAAAGUUAUCUCAGUUGGUAGAGGAAAGAGACCUGACUGUAAAAAGUCAGGGUUCAGAACUUGAGAACCUUCAUAGGCAAAUGUCUGAAAAAAUGGAAGAAAGUACAGUGUUAAAUAAUCAGCUACAGCUAGUAAGCAAAGAAUUGGAUGUGCUUAAGCAUGAAAAGGAGGACUUUUCAAGCUUAUUGAGCGAGAAGUCACGUGAAUGUGAAGUUCUUCAGUCACAGUUGGUACAGCAACAGUCUGAAAUUGCUUCAGCAAGGCAACAAGCACAUGCAGCAGCUCUAGAAAAUGAAAAAUUGAAAGUAGACAUCGAAACAGUUAAUGUUAUGGUAACGAAAAAGUCAGACGAAGUAGCUGCUUUAACUUCACACUUGUCUCAACAAAGCCAUAAUAUUUUAGCUCUGAAGGACCAAAUUGACGGCCUCUUGAUUGAAAAAGAAAACUUAAAAAUUGUCUUUGAAGAAAAACAAACUCUCCUUUCUGAAAAGGAGGCUUUGAUUCAGCAAAUGAAAGAUAGUAAAAUGGCAGGAGAGGGGCAAUACAUGCAAAUCAUUUCAGAUCUGCAAAACCAAAUACAAGCCCUGGGUUUUGAAACCAGCCAGCUUAGACAUGCAAUGCAGGAAAAAGAAAGUGAAUUUAAGAGGCAAGCCCAAGAAUUAAAGUUAUUAAAAGAUAAAUCUGAAGAGUCUGAUGUACUUAGGGUUCAACUGUCUGAGAAUAUGGAGGUUAUUUCUGACCUUCAGUGUCAGCUUAAAAAUGUGACAGAAAAAUCAUCUCAGUUGAAUGAUUCAAUUAUACAGAAGGAUGAAUCUUUAAAACAAAAGUUAGAUGAAUACAUCAGUUUAAAAGUACAGCUUUCUGAGGUACAGGAAUCUUCUGUUUUGCAACGGAAACAGUUGGAGCUUCUAGGCUCUGAAGCAGAGCAAUUAAAAGUACUACUUUCAGAAAAAGAAUUAACCAUCAACAAUAUUUCAUUAUCUAGUGAGAAUGUAAAGACGCAACUUCAAGAGAAAGAGGAUGAAUGUGAGGUCUUAAAGAAACAGGUGGUAGAACUGGAGGAAGCGAAAGUGAAUUUAGAAAAAGAAAUACAAUGUCAGAAGAGUGUAAUAAUUGAGGUGAACCAAUCCUUAUCAGAAAAGGAGUCAUCUCUUAUGGAAAAUAAAAGUCUCCUCAAAACUCUGCAGGAGAAAGCAAGGAAAGAUGAAGAGAAGACAAAUUUAAUUUCUCAGCUUAGAAGUCAGGUAGAUGAAUUAACGCAAGAACUACAUAAAUCUAAAGAACUAGUCCAUGAGGGUGAAAAUGCCUUUUUAUCUCUUCAGGAGAAAAUUGAAGCACAGUAUGUAUUAAGGACUGAGUUGGAUGCAGCUCUUGAGAAAAAAGAAGAAGUUAUUGCUGGACUGCAAAAUUCUUUAAAAGAGAAAAAUACCAGCAUACAGUUGGCAGAUAGCAAUGUUGAUGUUCUUUCUAGUGAGAUUGAAGUUCUCAGAGAAAAAUUAGAAAAAAGUGAUACAGCCAUGAAAAACUUUACUAAGGAAUUUCAGGAAAAGAACGAGGAGCUUGAUAUUAAUCAGAAGAAAAUUGGUUCUUUGACAAUUGAACUUGAUUCUCUUAAAAAUGAACACCAAAAAGCACUAGACCAAAUAAGUUCAUGGAAAGAACAACUACAGCAAAAAGAAUUGACUGUGGAGUCUCUACGUGUGAAGUGCACUGAACAGGCAGAUAACAUAGCGUGUUUGAAGCUAGAAUUGAACAAUGUAAAUUCCAAAUCAUCUCAAGACUGCCAUGACAAUGCGCUUUUAAUAGAUAGUCUGCAGUGCCAGGUAGAGUCUUUAGAGAAAGAAAAAAAUCGGUUGCAAGAAGAUGCUGGUAAACUGGUGGCUGAAAAUGCACAGCUUACUACAUCUCAAAAUCAUUUGCAAAAGAAAUUGGAAGAGCUCCAAGAAAUCAAUGAAAAACUAGAAACCAGUGAGAAUUAUUCAAGAAUGCAGAUAGAUGCUGUCAAACUGCAGAUGAAGACUGAAAAUGAGAAGUUACAGAUGCAGGUUAGUGUGAAAGGUGAAGAACUGUCUAAAUUAGAACUUAAAUUUGAAACUCUAGAACAAAAUCUACUUGAGUCAGAAAACAAAUGGGUGACAGAACUUGAUGGGGCAACUUUACAAAAUAAUAAACUUACUGAGCAAUUGAGCAGUUUAGAAAGUGAAAUGAAAUCAAAGGAUAGCAAAAUCCAGUCUUUGCAGCAAGAGCUGGAUCUUAUAAAAGAGGAGUUAACUCAAAGCUUAUCUCCAUUACUUAGCAGUAGGUUUCUAUGUAAAGAAAAGAAGGCACAGACUGCAGAUGCUGAACUGCAGCUAACCGAUAGUAAAAUUCAGUUGGAAAAAUUCUCCAGUCUUAUAACCACUAUUUUGAGCAAAGAAACAGAAGGAGAACAAUUGCAACUGGUGCUUUUAGAAAAACAGAAAGAAAUAGACACCAUGAAAGAUGAAUUAAAAAGUAUGCAGUCACUUGAGAAGCAGAAGGAGUCGCUGCAGAAUGAUAUCGAAAAGAUGAAGGACAAAUACCAGUCUGAAAUCGAAUGUCUGUCAAAAGAAGUGGUCACAGUCAAGGAAACAUUAGGUAAACAACAGUGUCUCUUGCAAGAAAGGGAAGAGUCUCUUGCAGAAAUAAAUAAGCAGGUUGAAUUUCUUCAAGACAAGAUAAAUAAAUCAGAAGAAAUUGCAAGAACCAGUCAAGAAAAACUGCACGUUGAAGGUAAAAAAGUAACAAGUCUCCUUGAAGAAAUGGGAAAAAAAGAUCAACUCCUUGAAAACUUAACUACCCAGGUAAAUCAGCAGAAAGAGUUAAUUUCUGGUCUAAGCCAGCAACUGAAAGAAAAGGACUGUUCUGUUACCCAGAUCAUGGAAUCAUUGUCUAAUGAAAUGCUGAAUUUUUCUGAAGAGAGAAAUACAUUAAAUACCAAACUGCAAGACCUCGAAGCUGUUCAUAAUAGUUCUGUAGGAGAGCUAAACCGAGUAUUGCAGGAACUUGAGGAUUGUAAGAAAGAACUGGAACACAGUCAGGUUACGUUGAGCAGUAGAGAAGCUGUGUUUAAGGAUUUAAUGAAUGAAAAAGAGGAGAUGCAGUUUAAUCUUGAGAAAAUGGGCAAGGAAAAAGAGAAUCUGAAAAAGAAACUUCAAGCAGCAUUGAUAGUAAGAAGAGAUCUAAUGCAAAAAGUUGGAAAACUAGAAAAGAGUGGGCAGGAAGAAGUAGAAAAAGAGCAAAAAAAAGCAGAGGAGCUGUUGAAGAAAGUUAAUGACUUAACAGACAAGCUGAAACUAGUUGAAGUACAAAAUAAAGAUUUUGAGUCUCAUCUUGGAAGUUUGAAGCAACAACUUUCAGAAAAAGAUGCCAAAAUAAGUGAUUUGACUGAAAUUUUGUCUUCAAAAGCUGCUUGUUUAGAGGAACUUCAGGACAACAUUACAAAACUAAAUGAUGUCAUUGCUGAAAAAGAAAAUAUAUGUGAGCAGAACCUAAAAUCUUUAGAGGAAAAGGACUGCAUGCUUGCUCAUACGCAAUCUGUACUUGAUGAAAAGACAGGUGCAUAUGAAGAGGAACGUUCUCAGCUGCUUUUAGCUCUUGAAAAUUUGAAGUCUGAAGUUAAGAAGAAGGAAGAAUUGUUGAAAAAUUCCUGUUCAGAAGAGCCUGGUUUAAGUGCUGGGGACAGGAAGAAGCGUCUGGACCCCAACCAUGACAUUAAUGUCUUAAAUCAAUUAAAAAAAGAAAAAGAAGCUUUACAGAGGGAGCUUUUGGUCAGGAAAGAAGAUAUGAAAAAAUUUCAGAAAGAAAGGGAAGAGCACACUAAACUCACGGCAGAUUUUGAAAAACAAAAAAAAUACCUUGAGCAACUGAAACAAGAACAUAAAGCACUCUGGGAAGUUCUUCAAACAAAAAGUAAAGAACUUGACUUUAUUCAGUUAGAAGAGUACCCUUUAGGGAAAGAGCUGGCUUCACCAAAGGCAGUGCUGGGAGAAGAAGCAGCUGACCUAAGGAAUUUGGAAUCAGAGAAGGCAAGAAACAAGGUUCAGAAUGCAUCCUUACAAGAGUCAGAAAACACAAUCGCUUCAGCGGCAAGUGAAGAAACUGAGUUAAAAGAACUAAGAAGUAAUUACGCAAAACUUCAGGAGGAAACAGAAAUGUUAAAGAAAGAGUUGAGAAAAAUAUCGGUUGAAUUUGGUGGUAAAAGAGAAGAAACAGUCAGCUUAGACUCUUUGAGGCAGCAGGAGCAAUGUACGGGCAUCUUGUUGGAGGACGUAAAGCAGCUACAGGAAAAACUGAAAGCAUACCAGGCUGAAGCUGUAGAGAUUAAGACAGCACUUGAACAUGUAAGUAAUGAGAAAGAAGCACUUGUUAAAAAAAGUGAAGAGGAUUACAAGAUGAACCAGGAGGAACUGCAGAGGUUGAGAAGUGAAGCUAAGAAAGAGGUUGCAGAAAAGAAUGAAGAAAUAGAAGCGUUGCAUUGUUCACUUAGGGAUGUCAAAGAUAAACUUGAUAUGAAAAAGGAAUUAUUAAACAAAGCUAUAAGGGAGGGCCAAGAAGCAGCCCACCAUUACAAAACAGCAUUUGAAGAAAUGAAGGGUGAAAAAGAGAAACUGCUCGGUUGUUUAGAAAAGUCCAAUUUGGAACUAAUUAAUAUGAAAAAGGAGGUAAAACAUUUCAGUGAAGAAAACAAAAAACUCCUGACAGAGCUAUGUACACUACGUGAGAAGGCUGAGAUGAGUGGACCUGUGGUGUCGCGCAAAGAGCUUAAGGAAGGAAAUGAUACUGAAAAAGAAUUGGGAGAGUUUUGUUUGGAAAGUAAUUCCCUUCAAGGAAAGCUAGAAGGUAAAGGCACCUGUUUCCAACCCUCAGAGACUGAUUACUCCGGGAAAACUAAACUGAGAGAAGCAACAGAAUGUCAAAUUCAGAAACAAAUGCAAAUGAUUGAAGAGCCGCUGUCAAAAACUGCAAAUGUAAAUGAUUCUAAACCACAAGAGCAAAGAACUAUAGCAGAAGAGAAGUCCAGAGAGCGCCUUCAGAGAAAAUUACAGGCAGCUUUAAUAUCACGUAAAGAAGCCCUGAGAGAAAAUAAAUGUCUAAAAGACCAGAUGGAUAAGCUGAUGUUGGAAAGAGAAGAACUGGUGAACAAGACAGAUAUGCUUGAACGCUUGUUAGAGCUUAGUAGAGAAACACAAAGUUCAAGUGCUGUUUCUCCGUUGUCUGAAGAGGAGCGCCUUGUUUCUGAAAAUGCCAGACUGUUGACUGAAAACGAAAACCUCACCGCGGCAUGUGAAAGUCUUAAAUCUACCAUGGAGACCAUAGUUCAGGAAAAAGAGGCCUUUUCUUUCCAACUAAAUACCUUAAAAGAUUCUCAGACAGUUGAAUUAACAGGAUGGAAGGCUAAACAUAGUGAAUUAAAGCAGGAGUAUGAGUCGCUCCUUCAGGCUUACGAGAAUAUCAGUAGUAAAAUAGCUGAUAUGAGGCAAGUUAUUGAUCUCACUAGAAAAGAGAAGCAAGAGGCUAUUCAAAGGCUCAGGGAAGGAGAAUCUGAGAAGGAGACUCUUGAGAAGCGUUUACAAAAACUCACGGAUGAAAAUGAGGUUAUUAAGAAUCACCUGAAACAACUUGGCGAAUCCAAGAAAAUGGAAGUCGACGAAUUACAAAGUAAAGCAGAAAGGCAGAUCCGUGAGCAAGAGGCAAGGAUGCAAGAACACCAGGAUCGGCUUCAUGAACUCACUGGUCAGAAUCAUCAGCUAAUGGAGGAAAAUGAGCAGCUGAAACAAAUGUCUGAAAAUUUAAAGCAGGCUUUAGAGAAAAUCCAGAAUGAAAAUUAUAUCCUUCAUAAUAACAUUACCGUAACUAAAGCAGCUUUGGGGGAGCUCCAGGUUCAAAUGGAAGUGUACCAAAAUGAUAUGCAAUCUAAAAUCAAUGAUGCAUUAUGUGAGAAUGAAUCAUUGUUGCGGGACAUUAAUGUGUUAAAGGAUAAACUCUCUGAAAAAGAGCAAGCUCUGCUUGUCCUAGAACAAGAAAGAAAAUUAAUGUCAGAAAAAGCAAAAGAAAUUGAAAAAUCUCUGGACCAUAAAAAUCAUUGUCUGACCAAGCUGGACAUGGAAUGUAAAAGCCUGACACAAGAAAUUGUUAGUCUAAAUGAAAAAGUUAAGAUUUUAGAGGAUGAUAAAUGUCUGUUACAGGAAGAAUUAGAAAACGUCCAAGAAAGUUCUUACAAAGUAAAGAAUGAGAGAGAAUUUCUUGAGACAGAAUUGCUUAAUCAUGUUAAAAAAGUUGAUCAUCUUACUGAUAGAAUGAAAUCAGCACAGGUACAGAAUAACUUGCUGUUACAGCAACUGGAAGAAUUAAAGGCGGAAAAAUGCAAUGUGGUCAGAGAAAAAGAAGAGCAGCAGGUACACCUUGUAAAAAUGUUUGAGGAGAAGGUGAAAAGUGCUCAGAGGGAUAAUAACGGAAGUAAAAACAAAACAAAAGAAUUGCAAGAACUCUUAAAGGAGAAGCAGCAGGAGAUCAGCCAUUUGCAAAAGGAUUCUGUAAAGUUCCAGGAGCUGAUCCUGGAUUUGGAAAGAUCUGUGAAACUCUCACAGUCAAAAAGUGAAAAACUCGAAAAAGAGUUAAGUAACAUUUCAGAAAAGCUUGCAAAAUCAAAUGAAGAAAUCUGUCGUCUCAAGGGAGAGCUUUCUUCACAGAUGAACUUGUUGGAUCAGUCAAAGAAUGAAGUGGUCGGGCUUGCAGAUGAGAAUCUAAAUUGGAGAAAAGAACUUAAAAAGAAAGAAGACGAGCUACAAAUUCAAAAGAGACAAUAUGAGAGAGAAUUGGAAUUUAAUCUUCAACAAUUAAAAUUGGUUCACAAAAGAGAAUUUUUGAACCUAGAAGAAAGACACGGUGCCCUUGAGAGAGAAAAAGACAGGGCAAUUACUGAGCUUCGUGGUUUGCGAGAGGAAGUUAGCAUUAAGGACUCUCAAAACAAGAAACUUCAAGCAGAUCUGAAUGCGGCUUUGGCACGAUUAGCCGCUUUCACAAAGUGUGUGUCCUCUCUUCAGGAUGACCGGGACAGGGUAAUCACUGAAAUGAAAACCUGGGAAAUGCAGUUCAAAGAGGCCAUCCAAAAUAAAGAGAAACAGGUAGAAGACAGCAACAAAAAAAUAACGUCUCUGCAAGAGGAACUGAAAGACAAAAUUGCUCAGAUUCAAGAAUUGAAUAUCAAAUAUUCUGUGGUAGAGGAAACAAAGGAUGAACUGUAUUUGAGGCAAAAAUCUGUUGAUACACAACGCUAUGAAGAGCUCUGCAGAAUAAAGGAAGAAAAUAUGUUUUUCUUUAACAGGCAGCAAGAAUUGGAGAGUGUUCUUCAGUCCAAAGAAGAAGCUUUGCAAGCACUCCUUAAAGAAAAUAAUUCUCUUAAUCAUCUUAUAGAGAAUAGCAAAAGUGCAGGAAGAGAGAUAAAAGCUCUGGAAAGUAGUUUUACAAGACAGGAACAAGAACUGCAAGAGCUUCUAGCUGAGAAGGAAAAAAUUAAUGCUGAAUUGCAAAAGCAGAUUACCAUUUCUGAGCAAAUGAAGAUCAUGCUAAAUAAUAAAGACAAAGAAAUCUCCUUACUGAUUUCUUCAAAAGGUGAUGAAAUUUCUGACUACCUGAUUCAGGUACAGACUCAACAUAGAGAACAAAUCAAAGAGUAUGAACUUCAGUUGAGGUCUUUGCAGACAGAGAAACAACAAUCCAAGGAGUCCUGUCAGAGGAUGGAAAACGAAUUGAGAAAUCUCCAGAUGAAAGCAGACAAAGCAGGUCAAGAUAAGGCUGCAAUUGCUAGUGAAAUAGAUGCCUUUAAAAAGUCCAUGUCGUCUCUUCAGAAUGAUCGGGAUGAUCUCUUUUCUAAAUACAAAGAACUGGAACAACAACACCGAGAUGUCUUAAGUCAGCGGGACAGUCUGAUAGUUGGCAACGCCAGUGAGAAUAAUGCUUUGAAGCAAGAAAUAAGGAUACUUCUCAAUCAGAUAGAUGAUCUUCAUUCUGAAAACGCGAUGCUAAGUGCACAGCUGAUAAAAUACAGGGAAGAUCUUAACCAGGUUCUGUCUCUGAAAGACCAUCAGCUGAAAGACUUACUUAAGCAGAAAUUGGAUUGUAUUAAAAGCCUGGAACAAGAAAAAUACGACCUUCAAAAACAAAUAAAAGAAAUGCAACUCUCCAGUCAGCUGCAGAAGGAUAGUGCUGAAUCUUUGGAACGUGAAAACAAAAAAUUAGUGUCUAAAAUAAAUGAUUUAGAAUCUUUAAUUGCAUCCUUAAACAAAGAGAAACUUGUUUCUGAAUCUGGAGAGAAGCUGCUAACUAGUGAUAGCGUUCAGAAAAAAGAAAAUGUGUCCAAUGGACAGUAUGGAGAAAAUCUUCAGAAGAAGAUUCAAGAACUCCAUAAAUCAAGAGGUGGAAACGCUAAGGAUGCAGAUGAGGAAUACAGUAAGAGUCUUUUGAAACUUGAACGCAGAGAUGAACCUGAUGCUUUGGCAGAGAAGAUGUUACUAGAAGUUCAAUCUCAAAAUAGUGACCUGAGGUCCCAAAAUGAGGCCUUUGGGAAAGCAAUGACUGCGCUGCAAAAUGACAGAGAUAGGAUAAUAGAGGACUUAAAGGUACUUCAGAGCAAAUACACAUCUGAACUCAAGACUGAAAAAAAGAAAGGAGAUGAACUUGAGGCUCAAUUGCAUGGCUUUAAAUUACAUUUUAUCAGUAUGCUCAAAGAAAAUUCUCUUCUGAAUCGGGUUAUUUUUCAUGCUGCAGAUAAGGUUACACUUGAUCAGAUUGCUGAUGGAAUUGAAAAUCUCUGUAGGACGUUAGUCAGUCGUGAGAUGGAGAUUAGCAGGCUCUCAUCUGAGUGUGGGAAUUACGUUCACCAGAUUGAAGCGUUUUCCAAGGCUAUGGCCAGUCUUCAGGAUGACCGAGACAAAUUGCUGCAGGAACUCGGCAAUCAGAAGGUAACUUCUGAAACAAAACAGGGCACAGUUUCGCUUCCCAUUGGUUGUAACAGCAUCAGUGAGAUAAAUCCUUUUAAAAGUAGCUUGGAUACGCCUCAGAACAAUAGGGAAAGAUUGGCUAAAGAAGGAGCCAGCCUUGCAGCUGUUGAAAUAUCAAAACUGAAGACCAAGGUUGAUGAUUUGGAGAAGGCAUUGCAUCAGACAAAAACCUUCCAAGCAGAAACUGAGCGAGAGAUUGCAUCGUACCAGAAUGAGCUUGCUGGAUUAAGAAUGGAAAACAACCUCCUCCUCUCAGAGUCCCAGGCACUGCGAAAUCAAUGUCAAAUCACAGUUGCUGAGAAAGACCGACAGAUUGCAGAACUACAGAAGCUGCAGCAAGACGUGGCUGUUAAGAAAUCAGUCUCCAGUGGCAGCAAUUACCCAGCCAAGGUUUUAGAAACUGCCUCCCUCGCCGGAAGUGCAGACGUACCUGAGGAAAUCAAACAUGUCUUAGCUGAGAAGAAUCAGCUUCAAAAUGACCUGCAGCGCUGUCUUCAGGAGAUACACCAGAAGGAUCUGCAUUUUCAGCAGGUUAAUUCGAAGGUUGCGCAGUCAGCAGAAGAGAAUGCUGUCUUGUCUGCCCAGUUGAAGACUCUUUCGCAGACUCUUAGGGAUAACCAGCUUCGUUACACUGAUUUGCAAAAUCGUUAUUUAAGACUGGAGAGGGAAUAUCAGACCAUGCAAGUAACAUCUUUCCAAGGCACUGUUCAGGAUGAAGCUAGAGCAGAAGUUCCCCCUGGAGCACCACAGGAAAGAUCUGCGGUUAUUGUUGAAAUAGACAAUACGGAACUAAAUGAACUCCGAAAAAGGCUUGCAGAGACCGAGCAACAGUAUGAGUCAGUGCAGCAGACGCUCUCGCAGCUGACAGAAACACUGUCAGAAGAGAAGAGGAGGAGAGAAGCUGCAGAAGAGGCUCUUGGACUCUCGGAGGAGCAAAGUAACAGAUUUGACGUAAGCAGUUACAGGUCUGUACCUAGCGAAUAUUCUGUUCAGAUGGAAACCGAAGAGGAAAGAGAAGCCUUAAUCAUCAAUCCCAGUGAACAUGUUAUUGUGCGAAAGAUGAAAGGAGGAGCCCUCUCCUUCAGAAGAUGGGUUCGAGGGCGAAGUCUUUACUGUUCUAAGCUGCUGACCUCCAGAGCAAAAUCCCGCUAUUUAUUCCUCACCUACCUAGUGACACUACAUCUUGUUGUUUUACUCUGCCUCACCGGUGUUCUCUGAAUACACUGUGUUUUCUGCGUCAAUGAUUUCUCUGUAGGUAACGGUGUGCCAAUUCAAGAUACUAGACUUUUCACAUGCUGCUGUUAAGCUAUGCACUGGACACAGGUGUAUAUAUUCUUGUUACACUACAUGAAUCUUAUGCUUCUUCAGAGAAAUUUGUGUAUAUCACAGUUGCUCCAAAGUUGACUUGAAUUGCUCUUUAUCAGUGGAAUAUUAUAUUUGCUAAGGAGAAAAUAUUCCCUUCUGUUUGCCCUAUAAAGAAACUGCUGCAUACAAGUUAUUUAAUAUUGUUUGUGAGUACAUAAUGACUGAUUACUACUGAAUGGGUUGUAAAUGAUAUCUUUUCUAUAUAAAUUUUAUUUUAAGAGUUAAACUAUAAAUUUUAAAGGAAUAAUCAGCUAUUACUGUUUAUUGGCUUCUUGAUUAUAACAAGAGGUUUUAUAGAGUGCAAUAAAGAAAGGACUACUGGAUUUUUUUAUUUUCUUUUUGAUUUUAUUUUUUCCUGGCUGAAAAUUAAAGAUAUAAGAAGGUUGUGCUUUGGCCAUACAGUUUGUAAUGGCUCUGACAAGGUGUACAGCUAUGUAUAUGGUAACGAGGUAAGCUGAUGAUUAAAGAUUCAGAAUUGAGAUGA